UAGCCAUCGAGAACUUAUCCCAAAACUUGCAACUAGAAAGCAAAGACAGCAAAUCCAAGAUAUAAGAAAAAGCCAUGAAUACUAAACUGAAACUGACGUUAAGUACAACGUUAGUAGCAUUACUAUCCAUCAUCAUAUCUUUCAACAUCUUGGAUCCACCUGCCAUUCCAGACUCCAACACCCACCUCCACGGUGCUAAAACCAUCCAGCUCCAUUCAGCAUUUGGCCCCGAGAGUCUUGCUUUUGACCCCAACGGAGAUGGCCCAUACACCGGCGUUGCUGAUGGUCGGAUUCUUAAAUGGCAAGGGGAUGCUCUCGGUUGGACUGAUUUUGCCUUCACCUCUUCUCACCGGAAGGACUGUGGUCAGGUGUUCGCACCAGAGAUGGAGCAUAUUUGUGGAAGGCCAUUAGGAUUACGAUUUGAGAAAAAAACUGGGGAUCUUUACAUUGCGGAUGCCUACUUUGGCUUCCAAGUAGUAGGUCCUACUGGAGGUUUGGCCACUCAACUCAUCGCAGAAGUUGAGGACCAACCACUUUACUUCACCAAUGAUUUGGACAUUGAUGAGAUUGAUGAUGUCAUUUACUUCACUGAUACCAGUACAAGCUUCCAAAGAAGGCAAUUCUUGCCAUCAAUCUUAAGUCAAGACAAAACUGGCAGAUUGCUGAAAUACAACAAAUCAAGCAAGGAAGUAAUAGUUUUACUACGAGACCUUGCUUUUGCCAAUGGUGUUGCAUUGAGCAAGGAUCGUUCCUUUGUACUUGUUGCUGAGACCGCCAAUUGUCGGAUUCUAAGGCUAUGGCUUCAUGGUCCUAAUGCUGGAAAUGUUGAUGUUUUUUCAGAGCUUCCUGGAUUUCCAGACAACAUUAGAAGAAAUGUGAAAGGGGAGUUUUGGGUAGCAUUGCAUUCAAAAAGGGGACUAUUUGCUAAGUUGGAUUCGUAUCAGUGGUUUGGAAAAACAUGGUUAAAGCUUCCACUUAGUUUCAAGCAACUGCACUCACUAUUUAUAGGAGGGAAACCCCAUGGCAUUGCUAUAAAGCUGAGUGAAAAUGGUGAAAUAUUGGAAGUUUUGGAAGAUACUGAAGGAAAGACCAUGAGGUUGAUAAGCGAAGUGGAAGAGAAGGAUGGGAAACUGUGGAUUGGAUCAGUAAUGAUGCCUUUUGUUGGCAUUUAUAAUCUCUAACAGAGUUCUCACUUCUUAUUAGUGGUAUGUUGUAUCGUUUGUUUUCUUUUAUAUGUUUUGGACCAUUAAGUAGGAUAAAUGUAAAGUUGACCCGCUGUGGAAGGAUUCUUUUUUAAAGUUCACUCCAUCCUCUAGCAACAUCAAUACUAUUUCCUUGCUGUUUGAAUUAAUCAAUAACUCACAUACCACUUCAUUAUAU